AUGGCGAAUACAAUUCGUGCGUCUGUGAUUCAAUCCUGCACUGCCCGUUUCAAUCUAUCAGAGACAUUGGACAAGUUUGAAAAGUUGACUAGACUUGCAAAAGAGCGCGAUGGAUCGCAGCUCGUUGUAUUUCCCGAAGGCUUCAUCGGGGGCUACCCAAAAUGGUCAACCUUCUCAUGCUUCGUAGGAGAGAGAACUUCAGAGGGCAGGGACGAGUUUGUCAAAUAUCAUAACGCGGCCGUUGAGAUUCCUUCGCCAGCGACAGAUCGUAUCGCAGAAGUGAGCAAGGCGACAGGGGUUUUUGUAGUCAUGGGGGUUAUCGAGCGUGAUGUCGGGACACUCUACUGUACCGCCAUAUUCGUCGACCCCGUUGAGGGCCUAGUGGCAAAGCAUCGAAAACUACUGCCAACAGCAUGUGAACGUUUAAUCUGGGGGCAGGGCGAUGGAAGCACCCUUCCCGUUGUAGCAAAGAAGUUCCAAUCCUCCGUCGAGCCAGCUCGCACCGUCGAGACGAAGAUAUCCGCUACCAUAUGUUGGGAGAAUUAUAUGCCUUUGCUCCGAACCUAUUAUUACUCUCUCGGGACGCAGAUCUAUUGCGUCCCAACAGUUGACGCGCGUGAGACUUGGGAAAGCUCUAUGCGACACAUCGCAUUCGAAGGACGUUGUUUCGUGCUUUCUGCGUGUCAAUUCGCGACCGAGAAAGACUAUCCUCUGGACCAUCCCGUUGCAGAUACCAGCAAUCGCAAUCCUGAUAAUGUCAUGAUCAACGGUGGCAGCUUGAUAGUCAGCCCUCUGGGAAAAGUACUCGCUGGUCCCACGAGGAAGCCCGAGGACAUCCUGACUGCAGAUCUUGACCUUGAUGACAUUGUCCGAGGAAAGUUUGAUCUUGAUGCUGUGGGGCACUAUUCACGUCCAGAUGUCUUUCAGUUCAAGGCAAACAUCUCGCCUUGAUUUUGGCAAGGGGGCCCAUGUUCAAGAAAGUGUGAUGAUGAUCUCUUAUCAUCAUCUCCACUGUCAAUAACGUGUCUUCUCAAGUUGAUCUGUACAAUAAACAUCCACUGAUAUUGAAUGUUGGACACUGCAAGUCAUAUCUUUCCCAAUUAAUUAUGCUUUGUACGACAUGCAUGUGGCUCGGUACUAAUGUGGCCGAUAAGGACAAAGAUCAAAGCGAC